UCACUCAUCUCGUGUACACCCCUAUCCAAGUUACUCAUAACUCAGCUCGCGUUGGCUUGGACUUAACUAUAUUAUAUUGAAUCAAGUUUGAAAUUGCCCUUUUUGGAUUAGCCUGCAAGCCCGUGAGCUUAGGUGAGUUGUAUAAUUGGGGUUAGAGACCAGGGAAACACCCCAAAACAAAGGCCUAAAAAUGGCCUUGGAUGCGGCCAUGUUCGAAUCCAUACUCCCUUCACGCUUCAUCACCUUCACGAUUCCCAACCCCGUCCUCUCUCAUCACCACGAACUCCUUCGAGUCGCUGUUCUUGACUCGCCUGUCCAACCCAUCGACUCACCCCGAGUUGCUCUCAUGUUCGUUCCCAAAAACCGGCACCACGACUGGAUUUUCUCCACUGAGUCAGGCCACCUCCAGCUUCUCCUCAGCUGCCCAGAAAUAUCACGUCUCAUAUUGAUCGGAGACCAGCCAGCAGACGGCCCUGAUUCCUCAACCAUUUACCACCGCCAGAAUCAGAACGACGCCGUUUAUAAAAAGAGACUGGAAGAUAGCGUCAUGCCUAUGGUAAUUGCUUUGUCUCGAAACUUUUGUUUUAAAGAUGAAAUUUUUGAUUUGCCUAUUUUGAAUUACGAAGACGAUGUGGUUUCUAGUGUUGUUUUAGAGAGAUUUGUUGGUGCUUUUGUUGGUGAUAUGCUUGUUGAGGAUGUUGAGAUUGAGAGUGAUAGUAGUGAGUGUAAAAAGAGAGAGUUUAGGAGAAGAUUGAGGUUUAAAAGAUUGCCAAAUUUGAUACAAACUGAGAUUAGAAUAGUGCCUGAGGCUGUGCUUUCUUUAGAUUUGAUCGAGAUUGGAGAAAGAGUUAAGUUUAGACCUGAUAUUGGGGUUUUGGUGCAUGCUUAUUUGGUGCCAAUGGUUGCAAGCUGUGCUUUGAAUGGUUCAUAUAUUGGAGAGCGAAUUCGAAGUGGGUUUAGGCCCAAAGCUUUAUGUGUUGGAGUUGGAGGUGGGGCUUUGGUUAGUUUCUUGAGAACCCAGUUGUGCUUUGAAGUUGUUGGAAUUGAAAAGGAUGAAGAAGUUUUGCGUGUUGCAAGGAGGUAUUUUGGGUUAGAAAAUGGCGAGUAUGUUAGGUUUCAUGUGGGAGAUGCUAUAGAGUUCGUAGAGAAGCUUGCGUAUCAAGUUAAUGGGCAGAAUUUGGAUUCAUCUGGUGCUUGCGGUAUAAAUGAUGGUGAUUUAUAUACUAAAUUUGAUGUUAUUAUGGUUGAUUUAGAUUCUGGUGAUGUUAAGAAUGGUAUUAGUGCUCCACCUUUGGAAUUUGUUGCAAGAAAUGUUCUGCUGGCUGCUAGAUUAGUUCUUAGUGAUUAUGGGAUAUUUGUUAUAAAUGUGAUUCCUCCAAACAGGUCGUUUUAUGAGACAUUGAUACAGGAGUUUCGGGAGGUUUUUUGCGAGUUGUAUGAAAUUGAUGUUGGAAAUGACGAGAAUUUUGUUCUUAUUGCCACGACAUUGCCAGUUGUGUCUUUGGCUGGUGAUAGUGAGAAUGCUUUUAUUAAGAAACUGAGAUUGGUUAUUUCAGGUAAAUACAUGGAUUCCAUCAAUAAAAUCUGAGGUGUUGCUGGUAGAGAUUAGGAAUAUGGUUCUGGAGAAAAAAUGUGCUUCAAAAGAUGUUUUGCACAUGCAUUCAAAACUUCCACAAUAAGAAGUUCUGACUCAAGAAAGAUGAUUUGUAGUAUAUGCUUCUCAAAAGAUUUGCAGUUAUACAGUGCAGAAACGGAAAAAAACCAUAGUGAAAGAAUUCCCGUAAUGCCUCGCAUGAUUUUUGAUUCCCAAAUCAUUGGUUGUAAUCAAGGAAGCAAAGCUUUGCUGCCUAUUUCUGAGAUGAUUAUUUUUUGGAUUAUGGGUCAUGAUAAUGAUCGAAUGCUUGAAGAUGUAACCAUGAGAGCUUGUGAAGACCAAGGUAACCUCUUUUCAGGAUCCGAGGUAGGUCCCUCAGCUGUUUGAGCCAUUGAGGGACAGGUGAUUCUUAUUGUGAUAGGAACAUGAUCUCCAAAUCACUGGCAGUUUAUACAGUUCUUGUCUAUCUUUUUAUUAUUUUCUUUGAGCUCUGGUUAUGAUACAUUCUCACUCCUACUUAUGCGUGGUUAAAAGUUUUGCAACUCAUUGCAAUGAAUCUCGAAAGCCAUGGAGAAAUAGGCACAACAAAGUUCUUGUCCAUCGAUGUUUUGAUUUAAGAUCAUCGAGUGUUUUGCGGGGUUGUGUAUUUGUUAUAAACUUGGAAGGGAUAACAUUAUCCAUGGUGGCAAUUCAGUACUUGAUUUUGAUC